AUGCCAUCUGUGGCAAUAACGUUGGAACAGAUGGAGGAAGUCUUCCACACCAACACAGCGCACCUCGACCAGAUUGCCAAGCGCGACAUCGAGGCUAUCAUAAUGGGCACUUCUGCUAGGCCCGAGCUCAACUACAGGGCUGGGAGUGUUGGAAAGGCUGGCAGAAAUGAUGUGUAA